UCACGCACAGGGUCCGACCACAGUUACUGCUUUAACACUCGCACAGCUGAACUCUCUACUGCUGAAAUGAGUUCCAGAACCGCACCGCUUCUCCUCCUGACUCUCACACUCCACUGCUUCCUAUGGCAAACAUCCAUUAACCUCUCAGUGAAACCGGGUAAAAACGUCACUCUGAGCUGCCCUCUGAAGACCAGCAUGAGCAUCGGCAUUGUGAGCUGGUACAAGCAGAACCCAGGAGAAGGUCCCAACAUGCUGCUGAGCUACAGCAUCACCACACCCUGGACAGUGCGCUAUGCUGAGGGACUAAACCCUCACAGAUACGUGGUGUUAGCCAGAAGAGUGUCCAGAGCUCAUCCCCGCCUGCGCAUCCUCACCACUCAGGAAAACGACACGGCUACGUAUUACUGCAGCUACUCAGAGAAGAGCGAAGGACAACUGAAGCCAUAGUCGUAGCAGAGACUGAAGAAGCUGAGCAGAAAAGAUGUAGAAGAAGAGUCUGAAAUAAAUUUAUAUCAAGUCAUGUUUGGUAGCAAAUGUUUAUGAAAAUGUAAGCAGUUUCAUUACUUCAAAGAAACACAUUUCAGCUAUUAAUUAAAAAAAUAUGGUUUAACCCUUGUGUGGUGUUUGGGUCUGUGGGACCCUUUUUCAUUUUUCAUCAAAUGAUACAAAAAAUAUUG